CAUUUCACACAGGGACUCAAGACAGUUGUUGCUAAUAUUAGCUCCGCGUGUGGCGCUGUUUUUUUUUUUAGUUGUUAGCCAAAGAUAAUUAAACAUAACAGUAUUAAAAAUAUAUGACAAUAUUAAUUGUAGUUAUUUUUAAGUAUUUUUCAACAUGUCGAACGUUCUGUAUCCGAGAGAAAGCGUCUACAAUCCUUUAACCAAAACCGAAGUGAACACUGAAAAACCUCCCAGGUACUUGUCCAAGUUUAGACCAACAGUUAUUCUUGAGAAAAAGGAAAACCAGGAUGCAAUGAGAACGAUGGGACCAGCAAAGGUCGAGGCUCCGUGUCCCGAUAAAUACCUAAAGAAACAUUCAAAAGAGCCCAAACUGCACGAAAAGACACAGAGCUCCAAGGGAGUCCGAGACGCCUGCACAGCGAGGAAACCUCCAGUCCCCGCCAAGACGGACAUUCCCACCAUGGGAAUUCAAACCACGAGAGACUUCCUGAAAAUGACAAGGACGACGACGCUUGUCCCACUGAAGCCUCAGCCGACGAGUGUGGACUCCAGGAAGGGACACAAGCAGCGUCUGGAGAACUCGGGACUCGUUCCCAAGUACAUCAAGAAAAAGGAUUACGGAGAAGUGCCCGAGUAUCUUCUGCAGCGCAACGAGGAGAAGCAGAGGGCACAGGAAGAGUACGACGACUACGUGAGGGAGCAGCAGGAGCAGGGAGCCAUGACUCACCUGAGUGACGCUGAGCGACAGACUGUGCUGGAGGGUUUGAAGAAGAACUGGGACGAGCUUCACCACGAGUAUCAGAGUCUCUCGUUUGUCAUCGACACAAUGUCGAAGAAGGCUCACAAGGAGCAACUGGAGGCCGCGAUGAAGAAGCUGGAAGAAGACAUCGACCUCUUUGAGAGGUUCAAAACCAUCUACAUCCCCAAACACUAGCACUUUUAAUCUCAUUCUACCUGAUUUAGACCAGAAACCUGAUUAGUUCUGAGCAUGUGUGACUACUUCCUAUCAAAACAGAACAAUUUACGGCAGGUUCAGGGUUUUUAAAAAAAUUAUUAACAUUUUUAGUCUUCAUUCUCAUAAAAUAAAAAUUUAAUUCGUACACAACAAGUCACUCAGCCAAUGAACUGAAUCUUUCAACCUGGCUUUCAAAAUAAGAGCCACUACUUCCUGUGUAAACCUUUUGGUUAACUCUGUAAUAUAAAAUACACAUUUAUGUUAUUUUUAGUUCUAGUUAAGAAUCGAGUUUCCCAUACAAAUCCGGCAGGCAAAGCUCAAAAGUGCCUACUUCCUGUCAAAACAUUUCUACUUCUUGUCAAGACAAUUCAUGCCAUUUUUGGGGGAUUUAAAAUAGAAUAAUGUCAUAUUUCUUUUAGUUGUUAUUCAUACAAAAUAAAUACAUGUUAGGAGUUAAUUUCAUUACAUUUAUUUCUUUGUUUAAAUGACAGGUUAACAACCAAAAGUGUCGUAAAAAAAACAAUAGCGGUAAGGAGAAGAAGCUGCACUUUCACACAUGUCUGCAACCAAUCUGGGAUUAUUCAGUCUAAAUAAAAGCGAUCCAAAUAUU